GCUCCCCCUGGAGAGUCGUCCUCCUCCUCCUGCCGUCGCUGCUCUGCACCCCUUUUGGCACCAGACGGGCACUCGCUCUCCGCAACGCCUCCAUCCCGUCGGGAGACUAAAGUCAUGUUACACUGGGGAUACGAGGAAGACAACGGACCUACUCACUGGAAGGAAGCUUUCCCCAUUGCUAAUGGAAACCGGCAAUCUCCCAUUGAUAUUCAAACUAAAGAGACCAAAUACGACCCCACCCUGCGCCCUCUCAGCCCCAGCUAUGAUCCUUCCUCUGCUAAAGUCAUACUCAACAAUGGACACUCCACCAGUGUGGAAUUUGAUGACACUGAGAAUAAAUCAGUGCUGAGUGGGGGUCCACUCACUGGAAAUUAUAGGCUGCGACAAAUCCACUUCCAUUGGGGACCCAGUGAUGACAUUGGUUCUGAACAUGCUGUGGAUGGAGCAAAAUUCGCAGCAGAGCUUCAUGUGGUCCAUUGGAAUGCAGAUAAAUACCCCAGCUUCGUUGAAGCUGCUCGGCAAUCUGAUGGAUUAGCAGUCAUGGCUGUUUUCUUAAAGUUGGGUGAAUGCAAUUCACAGCUGAGAAAAAUCACCGACCAACUGGAUACUAUUAAAGUGAAGGGUAAACAGCACAGGUUCACCAAUUUUGAUCCUUCCUGUCUGCUUCCUCAUUCUCUGGACUACUGGACUUACCUUGGGUCUCUCACAGUCCCUCCCCUUCUUGAGAGUGUCAUCUGGAUUGUUCUUAGGGAGCCUAUAAGUGUUUGCUCUGAACAGCUGGCCAAAUUUCGCAACCUCCUGUGCACUGGUGAGGGAGAGAAUGCCUUUUGCAUGCUGAAAAACUUCAGACCACCACAGCCUUUAAGGGGGCGGGAAGUAAGAAGAAAUUAAAGGAAGGAUAGUUUGUAAUCAUAGGUGACACUGUUUCAGCUGCAAAACCCAUUCAAAAUAUUGACCUUAUUUUAAAAAAAACCAAUGCAUUUUAAUUUGGAAUGAGGCAAUGUUUUUAUUGUUUUAUUGUUUUAUAUGUUCAUUUUUAAAUUGUAGGAAUUUUGAUGGAAAGACUUGUGAAUAGAAUAGAAUAGAAUAGAAUAGAAUAGAAUAGAAUAGAAUAGAAUAGAAUAGCCGUUACUAUGAUCCCUGACCCUUACAAUAUAUAAUUUUUCCAUUACAAAUAUAAAUCCCAAAUAAAAACAUAGAGCUUUUAUAAAAUGACAGUAAAUGCAAAGUAUAUGCAAAUAGUGAGAUGAUCAA